AUGGAUUUAAUUGUUAAUAAUAACCCUGUUGAACAACUUGCUCUCCACAGAACCGCUGCCGCCAUUGCUUACGGUCUGGACAAGAGGGACGGUGAGAAGAACAUCCUGGUGUUUGAUCUCGGCGGCGGCACCUUUGACGUUUCACUGCUGACCAUCGAUAACGGCGUCUUCGAGGUGGUGGCCACCAAUGGAGACACUCACCUUGGCGGCGAAGACUUCGAUCAGCGCGUCAUGGAGCACUUCAUCAAGCUAUACAAGAAGAAGACCGGCAAGGACGUGCGCAAGGACAAC